ACACAUUGCCACAUACACUUUUUAUAAUAAAUAAUAGGAUAUGGUCAUGUGAGAGCUUGAUAUAUACAAGUUAAUUAAUUACUAUAAUUUAUAAUAAUUAUAUAGUAUAGUUAGUUUAACUCUUUUUUACCGCAACUCUUUCAUUUCAACAUAAAUUGAAGCUAUCUAGUCCAAGAUAGUGAAACACACAGACAGGAUCAUAUGGAUGCAGUGGGUUCAGAAUGCAGUAGUGGGUGUGAGUCUGGUUGGACUCUAUACCUGGAUCACUCUUUCAAUGCCUCACAAUCACAUACACCUUCAUUUGGAUGUUAUGAGGAAACUACUAAACACAAAAAGCUCCAAAAUGAGGACUCUGAUGAAGAGGAUUUGUCAAUGAUUUCUGAUGCUUCUUCUGGUCCUCCACACAGCGACUCUUACUUCAAUGCACAACACUACUCUGCAUCCAAGCCAGAAAAACUGGCAAAGAGAAGUAAAAAGAGACAGAGAGUUCAAGAAAAUAUUCAGCUGCAGCACCUUGAUGACACUGCUAGCUCUCCUCUCUUUCAGAACAACAGUGUUACUCCGACAACCCAACAAACAACUUCAACGACCGAGAGUAUGGUAGAUUAUUCACAAGGUUUUUCUGCUACUUAUUUUGAGGAGCGAUCCUCAAUGCAAGACCAAUUUGGUUUUUUACAACCAUCUCUAUCACAAAAUGAAGAAGCUCAUAUCAACAACAAAUGGUAAGGAGGGAAAGAGAUGGAAAUGAUAUGAAGACCAGUUGAUUCAGUUCCACUAAUGACUCUUUUGCUGUUGAAGUUGUUGGUGUUAAAGUUACUGAACGAAGAUCAAUGGAAGGCAGAGAAGGGAUUCUAUGAUGGUUCAGAAGGAUUUUUUUUCCCCUUCUCUUUGCUGUGUUUUUAUCUUCUGUUUUGGCUGUCGAUGCAAUGAGAAACAACCUCAAAGGAAAAUUUAGAAAUAACUUUAUUUUUUGUUUUCUUUCAUAAUUUUAUUUAAUUCUGUUGUGGAUGAAUUGAAUAGUGCACACAGGACAUGAUAGUAAGUUAGGCAGGUUCUGUAUAAACAUGUUGAAUCCUUGUUUUAUGAAAUGCAUACAACAUUUCCACAUUAAGAGCUAUCUAUAAAUGCAAAUGCAUGGCUAGAUUUGAGUGCAUAGCAGAUCUUGAUCUUGUGUAAUUGUCUCUGUAAUGUAUUCAAAAUCCAUGGUAGCAUAGCCAGAGGUAGAUGCUUUCAGUGCAUUGGAAAUGUAAA